AAGAGAGACAGGAGGGGGCCCGGGGCCGCCGGGCCGCCGGGCAGGAAGUGCUGAGUCGAGCAGUGGGGGAGCAAGGGUGGCUGAGGAGUUGUAGUUGAGAAGACGCGUGUCUGGGCUUGAGAGAGUGUUCAGCUGUCUGCUCCGCUCGCGAGCUGUGUGCAUCCGGUGUGCCUGUCUGCCGUGCCCCUGUACUGUGCCUGAUUAACUAACUGUUCUGUGCCCUUGAAAGUUGCUGUACUGUGUGAGGAACCUAGCUGUCAUUAAACUAGAACUUAGUGUUGAACGUGUAUCCUUUGUGCCCUGCCUCGUUCCCGCCUCCCCUCGGUGUUCGGUGUGGGCCGCUGUGAGUGACUGGUGCCCGUGUGGUUGUUCGAGAGGAUCACGCCACCUGCCUGCCCGUGGAUGGUGUGUGGUAGGGGGGGUGGCGUAACACUUGGUGUCAAAGGAGUGGGAUAUAAGUGAACAGUGAAGCGCGCCGAGUGUCAUGGCGUCCCCCAAUGGUCGCCGUGAGGGUGAGGAGACGGGCAAGGCCGAGGCUGACCCGGGUGAGGUGAAGCCGGGCCAGAUGGAAUUGUUCGCUGCCAUGCUGGCCAGUAUGAGGCAGGAAUUGGAUCAGAGGGCAGACGAGAGGGCACGCGAGCAGGCUCAGAGGGCAGAAGAGAGGGCUCGCGAGCAGGCUCAGAGGGCAGAAGAGAGGGCACGCGAGCAGGCUCAGAGGGCAGAAGAGAGGGCAGACGAGCAGGCACGCCAUCUUGCCGAUAUCCUCCAGAGCUGUUUCUCGUCGCUGAAGGUGGAAACCCAGCAGUACACCGACCAGGGCUGCGACACGCGAGGGGUGAACGGCUGGAGGAGGUGCGGACCCAGGAAGGCGAGGUCCGAGGCCUGAGGGAGGCGGAGGGGCAGCUGCGAGAGAUGGCACCGUCGCACGCGGAGGAAGAAGGCUCAGUUCUGGCAGGAAGCGCCGGGGCGGCGGUCCUGCAGGGGCCUAUCUGGGGCCCCUGGCAAGGACUCCUGGAGCCUGGUAGUGUCGUGGCGGAACCAGUAGCUGCCGCAGGAGGUUGGGGAGCCCCCGCCUCGUUGCCUCCCUCACCCCCUCCCUCUCCUCCAUGCCAGCCGA